GGGCGUGGUCUAGAUGCGUUAGAACUAGAGGUGCGUUCUCGUGUCAUGAAACUACACGUACAAAAACAGAUUUUAAAUUAGUAAAAUAUAUAUACACAAAUGUCUUAAAGAUUCAGGGCGAUAAAAAUAAGUUGUUUAUUUUAAAUACAAUCCAGGUGCUCCUGGUUUUCCGUUAGAGCGGAAGGAUAUUUAAACGCGCGAUCUUUUAUUUUAUGUCCUGGACUCAAGAAUGGAGCUCACUGAAGCUAGAGGUGUGGAUUUCUCGACACUUUCUCCUUCACAGUUCGGCAUAUCAACAAACAGCUUCCUACCCUCGUCCAGGAUUAAAGAUAAAUCCCGAGUUGCUCAACUGAAGGCCAGGAGGAGAUCCACGAUUGGGGUCCGGGGAUCUCCGGAAACAAACUCUCUCAUCUGCUUCAGAGCCAAACAAGCAGCACAAACUCCUCCUCGAACACCGCAGCUUUUGCAGGGGAGUCCGUUUCUGUCCCGCGGUGACUCUCUGAAGAAGAAGAUGGCUGCUUUCCAGAGUCUGAUGGAGGAGGACGAAGAGAGGGAUGAACAGAAGAAAAAUGAGGAGAAUGAGAGUGAUAAAAGCACUUUGGCUCAAGAUUGUAAGAACGGAAAGGAGAACAUGUUGCCAGCACACAGCCCAAACGCUUCGAUGACGCCUCCUCCCUCGAAGAAGCGUCGCCGGGCCCCACUGAGACACUGUGAGGACAAGAUUACUGAGACACCCCUCCCCUGCCACACCUUCACAUCACAACCAGAGCCAGCGUUGAAAAGCUUCACGUCUCAAAGCCAGAGGCCUCUUUCAGACUUGGAUUCGGAUGCAAAGAAUGAGCUUCUGUCUUCACCCAUGCUGUCAAAACCAGAAGGUAAGGGAACUCUUAGUGCUCGAAAAUGUUUAGGAAUUUGA